UAGACGCUCUUCUGGGAAAAUAGUGGGGCUAUGGGUUUCUAUAGAAUGCUUGUGCAAGUCACCUGGGUUGGGGUGAUAUUAUCAGUAGUAAUGGCAGCCGCAGCAACAGAAUAUCAAGUAGCCCUGCCUGACUGCCCCAAAAAAUGUGGAAAUGUAACAAUUCCAUAUCCCUUUGGCAUGACUGAAGAUUGUCACCUGAAUGACACUGCUAGAAAUUUUUUGGUCAAAUGUAACUUGUCUGACCCAACUGCUCAACCAAAGAUUGGAGUCCUCAAAGUUACAAACAUUUCCAUCGAAGGCGAGAUUAACAUCUUGAAGCCUAGGAACCUUGACUCGUCUCAAAAUGUUACCGAUGGGAAUUGCUUUGGGAUUGGGUGUUGCCAGAUGAAGAUUCCGGAAGGACUAAAACAUGUUAGUUUUAAAGCAUAUAGCUUUAAUCAAUACAAAAACGUCUUCGAUUUCAGUCCAUGCAGCUAUGCCUUUAUUAUCCAAGAAGACAAAUUCAAAUUCUCCAAGGGUAAGCUUACCAGUCUACGAAAGACUAAAAGACUUCCGAUGGUUCUUGAUUGGGCAGUUGGUGACGAGAGGUGUGAAGCUGCUCAGAAAAAAGAGAAUUACCUAUGUGGAGCAAAUAGCAAAUGUGUUGAUCUCAAUUUCACGAGCGGGCCAGGGUACCGUUGCGAUUGCGAGGAUGGUUACGAAGGAAACCCAUACCUCAAAGACGGUUGCCAAGACAUUAACGAAUGUGAAGUUGAAAAGAACAAUACCUGCAAAAGCAAAGAAAAAUGUGUUAAUGUGCCUGGAAGUUAUCAUUGUGAGUGCAUAGAGGGAUACCAUCUGGAUAUGGAGGCAUGUGUCGCCGAUCAACCUGCUCGUAAAUCAUCACUAGCAAUUAACCUCUCGGUUGGUGUUGGCAUAGGCUUGAUAGUCAUGCUUAUCUGCAGCUCUUCGCUGUACUUCAUAGUCAAGCAAAGAAACCUGAUUAAUCUUAGAGAAAAGUUCUUUAAGCAAAAUGGAGGGUUGAUUUUGCAACAGCUACUCUCUGGACAAGAAAAUUUAACUGAAACAGCUAAAAUCUUCACCACAGAAGAGUUGAAGAAGGCUACCAACAAUUAUGAUGAAACUCUAAUCAUUGGUCGAGGAGGGUUUGGUACUGUUUAUAAAGGAUUUUUACCGGAUAAUAGGAUUGUGGCUAUCAAGAAGUCCAAAAUGGUAGAUGAAAACCAAAUUGAGCAAUUCAUCAAUGAGAUAGUUGUGCUUUCCCAAAUUAAUCAUAGAAAUGUGGUUAAACUAUUGGGUUGUUGUUUGGAGAAUCCAGUUCCUUUACUAGUCUACGAAUUUGUACCGAAUGGUACACUCUUCGAGUACAUACAUAAUGAAAACAAGAUUUCUUGGGAAACUCGUCUCAGGAUAGCUAUAGAAUCAGCAGAAGCACUAUCAUAUCUACACUCUGCAGCUUCUACACCUAUAAUCCAUAGAGAUGUCAAGCCUUCAAACAUAUUGCUAGAUAGUAGUUACACAGCAAAGGUAUCAGAUUUUGGAGCUUCAAGAUUAAUUCCACUAGACCAAACAGAAUUAGCUACAAUGGUGCAAGGAACUAUUGGAUACUUAGACCCUGAAUACUUGCAAACAAGUCAAUUGACUGAUAAAAGUGAUGUUUAUAGCUUUGGAGUGAUCCUCGUAGAGCUAUUGACAGGAAGAAAGGCACUUUCGUUUGAUAAGCCUGAGGUGGAGAGAAGUCUAGUUACCUAUUUUCUCCUUUCUUUGAAAGAGAAUAGAUUGUUUGAAGUUCUUGAGAAACAUAUAACAAAUGAAGGAAAUGCCAAACAAUUGAAAGAAGUGGCAAAUAUUGCAAAGAAGUGCUUAAAAUUGAAAGGGGAAGAUAGGCCCACUAUGAAGGAAGUAGCAACAGAAUUGGAGGGUUUAAGGAGGAUGGAGAAGCAUUCAUGGGUUAAUGCGGAUUUCAACUCUGAAGAGACUGAACACUUGCUUGCUAGGACUUCAAAUUCUAGCAAAUAUGAUGUAAGGAAUAAUAGUGCCGAUAUAUAUGAUAGCGUAAAUACCAUGUAA